ACAGAAUAAAAAUAGUGUAGAAGUCAGUCAUUUUUAGGCAGUUUUCGGUGUAGGAACAAAAUAAAAAUCACAGAAAAAUAGUAAAAUAUUUCCUAAAUUUACCAGAAAAAAAAAAUAGUUUCUAAAAUAAUAUUUUCGUGUAAGAAAACAUUACUGCGUGUUGUUUCAACGAAAACAAAAAUGCCUUGCGUUGGUUGUGAAAAGAACUGCACAUGCACUCUCGAGAAGUGCUGUGCCAACUGCAAGUGCCAGAAGCCGGGAACAUGCGGCUGCAAUCCAGCCAAUGCCCCCGUUUCAGGUGGAUGCUGCAAGAAGAAGGAUGACUCAGCGGCCCCUGCCCAGGGCAAGUGCUGUGGCAACGGGGACAAGAAGUAGGAGGCAGUCGUUUCGUCCUUUACCCUCAUAAUACGCACAACAUACUAAUAUAAUAUGUAAUUAAACUAAAGCCCUAUACCAGCA